AUGGAAGCUGCAGCGUUGCCAUGUUCCGUAAGGCAUAGCUGGUGGAGCUUGGUGGGGAUGCUCCGGAUAGACAGCGGGGGGAUGCGUGAUGAAAAUGGUGUCGAUGUCACGCCCUUGUUGAGCUGCUAUAGCUACAAGCAAUUAUAUGAUACCAGUAGUCUUGAACUCCCACCUAAUUCAACAGCUUUUGGGAUUAACCUCAAUCCCAACACUGAUGAUAUGGAAAAGGAAGAUUGUACUGAGGACAAUUUUGGAGGAGGAGAGGGAAAGGGAGACAACCCAAAUAAAGUCCAUACAUGGCCCACUUAGGGGAGGCUGAUCGGCCCAAAGCAGUUGCAUCAUGGAGAGGAGUAUGAAUUAUCUCUGUUCUCUGAUGUUGGAAGCUCCGGCUAUGGCCGCUAUGAUCAGACUUGUCAAAUGGCUCUCAGGGAAUAAAUGAUGAGUUGCUGACCCAGUAGAGUACAAGGAAAAAAAAUAAAUAAAUAAAGUAGAGUAUAAGGAGAAAGAUGAUGAGACUUGCAGGGAAGAGGGUAUCUUCCUCUUUGCCUCCAUGGCUUCUGAACCAUACUGCCAAUUUCACCACCCAACAUGCUCUCUCUUCCCCGUAAGAAUCCCAUUACUCGGAUACCGGUUAGU